AUGGAAAAUGAAGAUUACGAAGCAAUAACAUUUAACAAUGUCCCAGUGAAAAAUUUAAUUGACUCUAGAAAAUAUUGUGAUCGAAGAAAGAUAUUAGAAAAUAAAGAUAAUUUUUUAAUUAAUGGUUAUUUCAAUUAAUAUUUUGUAGUUCACGAUGAUGCAUCACGAAUCAAUAUUGAUGCAGUACACAAAAAAAGUGAAAAUGAGGAUUCGGAUGAAAAUUUAAUUGUUUUAGAAAAAAAAGAAAGAAAAGUACUUAGAAAAUGUAACAUUUGGAGACGUCAAAAUAUCGAGAGUAUCAAAAAUGCAGUGGCUAAGCGAAAACAUCAACAAAAAAUGAUCGUACAACAACCUGUUGUUGAUAAAAUUGAAAACAGUGAAUUUGAAUUAGGCAAUAUUAUGGAAGAAUUAAAUAACUUUAUUGAAGGGAAAUGUUUAAUUUUCGAUACAAAUGAAUAUGAACGUAAAUGGAACGACAAAAAUGUCAAUCAGGAGAGAUUAACUGAAGUUAAAAAUACUUUAAUUGAAAUAAAUAAAAAAAGUAUGGUCAUUUAUAAUGAAUUAGAAAAAACUAGUAAUAAAGAAGAUAUACUAGUAAUACACGAAGAUAUUGUUUCACUAAAAAAAGAAAGUUUAGAUCUUCUUAAGGAAAAAGACGAUAUUAUUGAUAAACUAUUAGAAGAACUAGAAGAAUUAUUAACCAAAUCUUUUAAUGAAACUUCUUCUAAUUCGAAUGAUCUGGAUAAAUUGAAUGAAAUCGCAAAUAACAAAUUAAAAAUCCUCAAAGAAGAGCAUAAAAAGUACUACUUAGCUAUUACCAAAUUGAUCGAAGAUACGAAAAAUAACAAAAAUAACAAAGAUUCUACUGAAUGGAGAAUUUUAAUGGAUAAAAUCAUUAAUAAAAUAUCAAGUGUAACAUUAAAACGAUUUGUAUUAAUUGAAAAGAACAACUUUGAAUUAUUAAAGCUAUACAAGACUAAUGAAGAGGAAUUAAAAAACUUUAGAAUAGAAACAACUGAGAAUUAUAUUGGAGUUGAUACCGAUUUGGAGUUUGUAAAAAUCAGAUGCUCAACAAACAUAAAAAAACUUAAAUAUAAUUGUUAUGUUUUAAAAAAAAAAAUAGAAGAUAAUAAUUUGAGAAUAGUCAAUCAAAAAAGAAGAAUCAAUUUUUUGCAAGAAACUGUUUAUAACUUGAGAGAAAAAUGUAAGAAAAUUGAAUCAGAUCAUACAACUCAAAUAUCUACAGUUGAAAAACAAAUAAUAAAUAUUAACAAAAAAAUCGAUCAACAAGAAAAAAGAGCUGACUCUAUUGCAAAGAAGGAUAAUGACGAUUAUAUACAAUUAUGGGACUUUCAACUGAAUCAGAUCAUACGUUACAUUAAUAGUAUUCGUGAAAUCGAUUGUUUUAUACGUGAUUAUUUAAGUUUUAGUGUCAAGACAACACAUUUCGGCGAAAAGCUAAUUUUAAAUGACGACGAUACAAUAGUGCCACUUCUGAAACACAUUAAUAAUCUAAUAUUAUAUGAGCCUGCACACAACAGUUCAGAUUCGAAUUAUUAUGAACAUAUUAGAGACAAAGCUCUAAAUAAUCUGUUAUUGGAUUUCAUUGUUAAGAACUCGAGUUUUAUAUUUGACCAUAACUUACAUGGAAUUCUUGGCACAAAUUCAAUACGGAAUUCAUCAUAUGCUUAUAACGCUUUGAGUGAAUUAAAACUAAGUAAAGAAUUUUGGCAGCUCAUGAAAUCUAAAUUUAAACCAUAUAUAACAUGUAUUGUUUGUAAUUCUCAAAUAAAUUGGGAAUCGGGUAAAAUUAUUGAAGAAUCGAACAGUGAACAAAAAAUUUUUAAAAACAUAAUAUCAGAUAAUUGCAUCAACAAAUUGAAAUCGAAUAAAUAUUUAUACUUUGAGCAGUUAUGUAGAAAUAUAUCUCAGCAUAAUAAAAAUAUUAACAAACUUAUAAAAAUAGAUCCGUCUCAUCAAUUUAUCAAUGACACUGCAUGUACAAACUAUAUUACUUUUGAAAAUAUUGAUGAAGAACAAAAUGAUAAAUAUUCUACAAUUUUAGUUGGUGAAAAUACACCAUUUAAUCAUGCUCGAUGUGAAAAUUUGAAUCACGAAUUAUUCAUUGACAACGAGCAAUUCAUACGUAUAAUGAAAGAGAUAAUAAAAGAAUCGCGAUCAACAUAUGUCCCAAAACCCAAGUCAUUAUACCAUAGAUUAAAAAAAGAAUAUAAUUUUAUACAGUGGAAGAUCAGUGAAAAUGAUUUACAAGAAUAUUGGUCUCGAAUCGUUAAAUAUAUACCAAGUAGUGUUGAUUUGUGGAAAAUGUACUACGAGGAACUUGGUCGAUAUUAUAAAUUUAUAGUCGUACGCCGGAAAAAAAUGCUAAUUGCAAAAACGUUACAAACUGAAAAUAUGAGACUGAAAAAAACAGUACAUGAAUUAGAGAAUACAACAUUAAGAAAUAUAAUUAUAUGA